AUGCUACACCAACAAAGUGUUCUGUUUCUAAGCAGAUACUGUCACAAUUACUUCCUAAAACCUCAAAGGAGGAAUGUCAUGUUAUCCGCACUGACUGCAUUAACUAGUACUGCUACGAUUGGUAAUUAUCUCUUCGGGAAAGAUAUUAAACUAGCAGAUGCCAUGGAUAAAGGAGAGUUGCAUAACAUAAAUGAGGAUUAUGCCUCCAAAGCAAAUGAAACUAUGCUUAAUCGUUUGAAAAAAUUGCGUAAUAGUAGACCCAUGGAACCAAGGUACGAAGGACAUGUUCCAUUAUAUUUACAUGAGAAACUCUUAUUGUUUCUAUCAUCAGGAAUUAGUUCAUUUUUACAUCCUGAAAACGGUAUGAAUAUAGUUAAAUUGGGAGAAGCUACUGCUAUUCCGCCAUUUUUGGAGAGUUUGAAAAGGACCAUGUUAUCUGAUGAAACUGGGAGAAGAAUAUUAAGAGACAAACCAUACGUUCAUACAAGUAUAUUACAUUUUGACAAAUUAUCUAAACUACCUGAGAAUUCCUUUGGUUACACGUUCUAUAAAUGGUGUCAAACUGAGAAAGUUUCUCCUGAUACAAGAGCUCCUGUGACUUAUAUUGAUGAUCCGAUUCAUGCUUUCAUCUUCCAAAGAUAUAGGCAAUGUCAUGAUUUUUAUCAUGCUUUGGUUAAUAUGCCUAUUAUUAUUGAAGGUGAAAUUACAAUCAAAGCUUUGGAAGGUGCUAACAUGGGAGUCCCAAUGGCAAUUCUUGGGGCCAUUUUUGCACCAUUACGUUUGAAACCAAUUCAAAGAAAAAGACUUCGUGAGAUAUAUUUACCAUGGGCUGUUAAGACUGGAUUAAAUUGUAAACCUUUGGUUAACGUUUAUUGGGAAGAAUUGUUGGAAAAGGAUGUUAACGAACUGAGAGAGGAAUUGGGAAUUAAAAUGCCUCCUAAUCUAAGAGAAAUGAGAAAGAAACGUGCUGAAAUGGUCAAAAGUCUGAAACAUAAAUAUGAAGAGAAUCCAUCGAAGGCUAAUUAA